AUUACUCAGGAAUUUAAAAUUUCAAAAAUUUUAUUUUUACAUAAAAAGUCGUUUUUGAUAGGUUCUAGUUUUGAAGUUAUUCGGUUAAUUUUUUUUAUUACAACUAUAAAUUUUAAUAAUUAAUUAUUGGUUGACAAUUAUAUGUAAAUAAAUAAAUAUUUAUUAAAAAAUUUGAAAUGCAAUAAUCAAAGAUGUUGGAAUCUAAAGUAUUAAAACUGUUAAAUGGUGAAGCUUUAAAUGAAACUGAAGAAUUGUGUGAUUUUACCUUGGCUGCUCAAAAUGAAGCCUGCGUGGCUAAAGGUAUAACACCCAUAGGACCUUCCGAUUAUGUACCGAUAAUAAAAAGUACAGUGUCGUACAUUGUAUUAGUAGUGUUGAUUAACAAUAAUGAUGAAGUUCUCAUGAUGCAGGAAGCUAAAAGUUCUUGUGCAGGCCAAUGGUAUUUACCAGCUGGCCAUGUUGAACCUGGAGAAGACCUACUUGAAGCCGCAAAAAGAGAAUGCUUGGAAGAAACUGGUUUGGAAAUGGAACUUGAUACAUUAUUAUGUGUUGAAGCAGCAUCUAAAGCAUGGUUUCGUUUUAUUUUAACUGGAUCUGUAAUAGGUGGCCAUUUAAAAACACCAGCACAUGCUGAUAAAGAAUCCCUACAAGCCAAAUGGAUCAAAGAUAUAUCUGAAGUGAGUUUACUGGCUAAAGAUAUAAUACCUAUUAUAGAAAGGGGCCGAGCAUAUCAUUCACACAUAAGAAACGGCAUACGAAAUCAAUGGCACCAGAGUGUUCUACCUAGUAUAAAAGCUCAUAGAAAACUUUUGUUAAGACUUCUUAUUUGUGCCAAACAAAAAACUACAAAUAAACUACAUAUACUUAUAUCGGAAAAAACUGAAGCACAUUUACCAAUGUGUGAAAUUAAUCAUAACCGUAACUUGCAUUCAACAUUACGUAAAUUUAUGACUGAAAUAUUUGGCGCAGAUGUAGCUCCUCACAAACCUCAUGGAGUAUUGACCAUUGAACAUUGUGGAAAACCAGAAGCUACAAAUGAUGGAUUUUGUGUAUCCUUAUUAGUUACAUUUCAAUCACCUUUAGAAGAUGUUUUUCCCAUUGCUAAAUUUAAUUGGACUGCAGUUUCUACGGAAUGUGCCAAAUCUAUAUGUAUUAGAACAGCUCGUAACAUGACUGUUCCCCUUAAAGUUAUAUGCUAAUAUCUCGAACAAAUUCCAUAUUUAUGUACACUAAAAGUACUUAAUAAUAUUUUAUACUACAUUAUAAGUAUUUUAUAUUUGUUAUUUGAGAUAAAUAUUUAUUUUUGAACAUUUUUAUUAUAUCCAAACAUUUUGUUUAUUUUGACCAAUAAAGAUUAUAAUAUAGCAA